CGCCAUUAUGAGAUUUGCUGUCUGGCUGUACACAGAUCCUUCAUAUAUUCAAAAUUACAGGGAUUUGUAGAGGAUCCAGAAAGGGAAUGGACAGAAGAAGAAUUGCCAACUCUAUCUGAUGGAUACUUAAUCAGUCAAAUAAAAGACACAGUAUUAAAUCUACAAAAGAUAGCUAAGAACUUGAGGAAGGCCAGAUUUGAUAAAGGAGCCUUACACUUAGACCAAGUGAAGUUACAGUUCUCAUUAGAUAAAGAUACUGGAAUGCCAAAUGGAUAUAGUGUGUAUAAACAAAAGGAUAGUAAUAGAUUGGUAGAAGAAUUUAUGUUGCUGGCUAAUAUAGCAGUUGCUGAUAAGAUCAAGAAACAUUUUCCAGAUAAAGCAUUGUUACGAAGACAUCCCAAACCACAGUCCAAAAUGGUGGAUGAAUUGGUUGAAUGGAGCACAAACGUGGGAUUCCCUAUUGAUGCUACAUCUGCAGGUACAAUACAGAAGUCUCUGUGGAGAUACGCUGAUAGUGAUGACAUAUCUGUUGCUAGAAUGCAGGUGCUCAUAAACAGGUGUUGUAAAGUAAUGCAGAAAGCCAAGUAUUUCUGUAUUGGGUGUAUCGAUGAUGAAGAACUGUAUCGUCACUACGCAUUGAAUAUACCUUUGUAUACACACUUCACUAGCCCUAUCAGAAGAUAUGCUGAUGUAAUGGUCCACAGGACUUUGGCUGCAGCUUUAGAUAACUGUGAACUAAGUGAAAAGUCUACUGUUGCAAUAAAGAGCAUCGCUGAGAACUGUAACGACAGAAAGAUUCAUGGUAAACAAGCGUCAGAUUUAAGUUCAGAACUGUUCUUUGCUGUCUUCGUGAAGACUACUGGUCCAUUUGAAGAGAAAGGAAUGGUGAUGGGAGUAUUAGAUAAAGCCUUUGAUGUCGUAUUACUCAAUGUUGGGGUAAAAAAGAGAGUGUACUGUGAUCAAUUAGAUAUUAAGAACACGUUGUAUAAAAAAGAAGGGAACAAUCCAGUAUUAACUUUAUACUGGAAGCCAACAGAAGAAAAUGAUACCGGAGCAAUACAGAACAUAUCACUAUUCACAAAAGUCACCUGUAUAUUAAGACCAGGAGAAUCACCCCUAAAGUGGACGGCUAUCAUAAAAUCACCAAAAUCCUGAAAGCAUAAAUCUGAGAUAUUAAUAAGUUCACAGGAAGACUUGAAAUAAUUAUGAUUUAAAACAGUGUAAGUAAGAUUGUGUACUGCGUAAAAAGAUUUUGUACUUUGUAGAUAAGAUUUUGUACUAAACAAAACUGACCUUAAAUCGAUAGGAAUUUUAUAAAAGAGUUUCUUGUAUUUUCAGAAUUUUAUAAUAGAUUUUAUAUGUGUUGAUUUUUAUGUCUGAUGGUAUAAAAUAAAGAAACGAAAAUCUGCUUUACUCAUACGCAUAUUCAAAAUUGUUUUCUAAUAAUCAUCAUUGCAACAAUGCACUUUUAAAUGUUAAUGGCCCUGAAUUCGUUCUGCUUUGUAAAUUUUGUAAUCAUCUAAUAAAUGCGACAGAUUUUCCUAAUUGUGUCUAUCAAAUUGUUUAAUGUAUUGACAUUCAAAACUUAAUUUGCAAACUAAAUGCUAUGAUGGUAAUUUGUUGCGAAAUUUAAUAUUUUAAUUUGCAUUAUUUAAUAUAGAUUAUACAUGUUAUUUUGCGAAUACUCGCCCUUCGAUAUAUACAUCAAAAUCUAAUUGACUUAAAUUCAUAUUAUAUUGUUAGACAUUAUAUACAAAUAUAAAGAAAAAUAUAUAUUCCUGAGACAUACAGGUACAUAUUCUUGAUUUCAAGACUGUUACAAAUAUAGUGUACUAACUGGUUGAUUUUUAAAAAUAUCCCGUUUAUUUAUACCACCCUAAAUCAAACAUUCAUUGUGUCCUGAAUUUUUAUUUCUAUUGUAUUAAGUAUAUAUUUAAGAAUAAGAAAUAUUUUAACCAUUAUAUAUGUUUGACCAAGAUAGUUUAAAAGAAUAUAUUUUUUUUCCCAUAUUAAAACAUUUGAAAUUAUAAUGAUAUUGACAAAAAAAAACGUAACGCAAAAUAUCCAAGACUGCUUCUCUAUUAGAUGAUCAGUGUAAAAAUGUCUUUCUUAAUUAAUAUCUAUUAUGUUUUUGAAAAAAUUAUUUUGCAUUUUACAAAUUAUUGAUUUUAUGAAUCAGAACUUAAUGAAUAUACUUAUUUCAUUAUAUGAAUAUAGUUGAAAAUAUUUUAUUGACGUUAUUGUCUAGACUUGUUUAAUGAAACGCAUAUAUUAUAUAAGCAUCCGAUUAUCAACAGAAAAACUUCACCCCUGUCAGGUGAAGCUAGUAAGUCUAGCGGAAUAUUGCGGAUAUUUUUCAUCACAUUGCAAUCAUUUUAUAUAUUUACGUUUCAUAAUGUAUAAAAAUGACGUUUUAAGGCAAUGUAUAAUUAUAUUUGUGUAAUUGUUUUAAUCUUUUUUACUGAUUAAUAUACACUCAAAUAGACUUGUAUGUUAUGUAUUGCUAUGCAUGUGCCCUUAUAAAUAUAUGACAUUAAAUAGAAAAUAGAUAUAAAUUAUUAAACAAACAUGUGUUCAAAUGUGACGUAUUAAAAGGAAAGGUUUUGAAAGAAUUACUUUGCCCCAUAAAAUAAAAAAAAUUAAGUUUAUAAAUUGAUUAAUCUGCAAACAAAAAAUUGUGAACAGAAAUUUCAGAGGUACACUACAAAGGCCGACCUUAUUUGAAAAUGGACAACUAGCUUUAAUUGACGGGAUUGACCUUUAAGUACAAAGCCGUGUUUGAGAAUACAGAACUGAUUUGAAGAUCUAGCUGUAUAUAUUUUAAAUAUUGCUGAUUACAUUUUUGAACUAGUAAAAUUUUCAAAUGAUUUUUGUACAUUCGACUAUAUAUGUGGUCAGGUGGUAGUUUAAGGAAGUCUAAAUCAGCACAACUAGUUGUUUUCGACUAAGACAGCUAUGCAGCUGGUUUUUGUUAGGUCAGCUUGUUAUGCCACAUUACAAGCGAAUUGAAACACCGAACCUUGAGAAAAUCAAUAAUACGUUCUUUCAAAGAUACAUUUUAAAAAUGUAUGACGAUGGUUGCUUUGGAUGAACAAAUAUUAAAAAUUUAAAGGAUGGGUUACAAAAAAGUAAGCUUUUUUAUUUAAAUACACUUCUUUCUAAAAAUUCAAAAGCUGCAUAAAUGAGUAAAACAUUAUUUCGUUACCUGUGGUAACACCAUACCACAUGAACGCCCUAAGUGUUUACAAUGGGCUUAUCUACUGCAUAAAUAAAUGAUUACAAAGAAAUAUUUCCAAGCAGACUGCUAUCAAAAUUACAGAUAUCAUAAACCUUAACCUAAGACGACGUAAAUAUCUUGACAAAAGAAUAAAUCUCAACAAAUGUCGGAGGUGUCGCUCUUAUUUUAAGAAAAAGAUCGAAACGGUUCAUUAUCUUAGCUCAUUUUCCCCUACCCAGUCUUUAAAAUUAAUUCAAUAUAUAUACAGUGAUAUAUUGGAUGUCACAUUGCAUUCUUAUAUAGAUUUGUAUUACCUAUUAAGAUCAGAUUCGUGUCACUACCACAAUCAGUAUAUUUAAAUACAGUUACAAGCAGAUUUUCAUAUAGGAGGUUUUUAGAAAGAAUUAAAAGGGACUAUCACUAUCCUUUAACAUGACGUUCCUCUAAAUAGAUGAUGUCCUUUCAACAAAAAAUUGUAUAUUGUAAUGUUCAUGUUAUUAUUUUCACAAUAAAAUAUUGUUUACACUAAAUAAUUAUUAAUAAGUUUGGUGAUCAUGUUGAACGCAUCUAACCCAUCGAACUUGAAAUAAACGAUACACCAGAUUCA